AUGGAAACGGCCGUUGCACCGAUUAAGCGCUCGCGCGAUGAAGCUAGUCGAGUUCUGGGAGAAAAGAUGUUGCAGGGUUGGACGAUGUUGGGUGCAAGCUGCCCUGUAGAAGACUGCUACACGCCACUACUGCGUAAUAAGCAAGGAAAGAUGCUCUGCGCACGUUGCGAUCAGUUUGUCAUAUCAGAGGAGGAAGCGAUCAAGCAAGCGGAACAGAAAGCGGAAGAGGAUAGUAGGGUUGUCAAGAAAGAAGCAGCGAAUGAACCUUACCAAGAGGAAGAGCGUCGACAUCGCAUCGAGCAGCGGUUCCAUUUAGAGGAACAAGCCAGACAGGCGAAACAGAUGCUGACGCUAGAGCAAGCUCAUAAUCACCAAGCGAUAAAUUUAAAGGUAAAGCGCAAGAAUGUCACCACAUUGAGCCCCAACAGCGAUGUAGAAGUGAAUACCAUCCGUCGUCAGACCCUCGCUGCGCUUUAUGAGAAAAUGGUUGUCCUCACCGAUGCUCUUUCGCCCAACGACCACUGUGAGCGUCUCAUAUCCGUUUCAAAAGCCCUGCGAGAGAUUGCUGAAGCUGCCCAUCUUUUAAAGGAGUAG